AUGUUUGUGCCGCGCAAGCUGCAGAAGCGCACGCACCCCGGUCGCGCCCAGACGCGCACUGACGAGCACUAUCAGGAUGCCUGCGCCCCGCAGACGCACGAUACGCCAGCGGCACACAGCGUCGACGUGGACGCUGGCAAGCUCGAGCGGCUGGUAGGAUUCCUGCAUGCUGUGCUGAACCCGCUGCACGUCGCACUUUCUGCGCGGGACGAGGCGCGCACCCUCCCAACUAGCACGGCGUGGUCGGACCUAGCUGCGGCCAUUGCGGCGCGUGGCUCGGGAAUCCAUCUCGCGCGGCUGCUGCAGCUGGUCCCUGGGCUCGCGACACGGUGCAAGUCGAUCAGCCUGCUUGCGGAAGCACUGACUACGUGCAAGACGCGUGCAGCUGCGGGCUGGUACGGCCUAGACGCAUUCCGGGUCACUUGGUCCGAUGGCUACGCCGAGAUCGUCAGGGACCUCGUCGCAGCGGACGGAAUCGCAGAGGUGCUCGGUUCACGGCUCGUGUAUAUCGAACAUAUCCCGCCAACGGUGCGGACUCGACCACAGGCGACAGAGUACGUCGCGCGGCUGCUCAAAGAUGGCGCGGACGCCGGGGUGUUUGGUGUGCUGGAACCAGCGGUGGUGCAGCACGCACUCAUGGCGAACAAGACGGCCGAGUUGGGCGGAAGGUGGGUCUCGGGUCGCGGAUUCUUCGUGCUCGACGCGCGCAGCGUGGAGUACCUCUGCGAUGCCUAUCCUUGGGACUUGGCGCAAAGAGUUCACAAAGGAGAGCCGCUACGGUGUCUGUCGUGGUCACAGUGGGAGCGGUUGCACGCGAUGUACGCGCAUCAGCUUGCACAGCAGUCAGCCGCACCCAGUGUCAAGGUGGAGGACAAGUGGUGGCGCGGAACCAUGCUGCUUCUCCGCCUGCCGGUUCGCGAGGGGUGUCUCAGCGUGCCCGAGAGCGGGGAUCGGACGGUGGGGUUUUGGAAUCGCCAUCUGAAGCCGCAGCUCGAAAGACACGUGCCCGAGUCGAUUGCAUACAUGCACACGCACCACGACGCCGUGGCGAUCCGCACCGCCCAUCCUGCAUGCGCCACGCAGCUCCUGGCUCACUUCCCCCAGCUCCACCGCAUGCCACCCAGCGAUGAAGACGACCAGUGGUGCCAACUUCCCGCCAAAAUUCACAACGCCGCACACACACGGCUGCUCGCGCUCGAUCACAAUCACCCGCGCUAG